AUGAAUGAUAAUGGAAAAAAUGCAAGUUCUGAAGGCUACUUUAUUCUACUGGGUUUUUCUAAUUGGCCUCAUUUGGAGGUGGUUCUCUUUGUGGUUAUCUUGAUAUUCUACUUGAUGACACUGAUUGGCAACCUGUUCAUCAUUAACCUGUCAUACUUGGACUACCAUCUCCACACUCCCAUGUACUUUUUCCUCUCAAACCUCUCUUUUCUGGAUCUCUGCUAUACCACCAGCUCCAUCCCUCAGUUGCUGGUCAACCUCUGGGGUCCUGAGAAGACCAUCUCUUAUAUUGGUUGCAUGAUUCAACUCUACUUUGUCCUUGCACUGGGAACCACAGAGUGUGUCCUACUGGUGGUGAUGUCCUAUGACCGUUAUGCAGCUGUGUGUAGACCCUUGCAUUACACUGUCCUCAUGCACCCUCAUUUUUGCCACCAGUUGGCUGCAGCUUCUUGGGUAAGUGGCUUAACUGCCUCAGCACUUCAUUUCUCCUUUACCUACUGGGUUCCCUUGUGUGGACAUCGCCAAGUGGAUCACUUUUUCUGUGAAGUUCCAGCACUGCUUCGAUUGUCAUGUGUUGACAUCCAUGCUAAUGAACUGACCCUCAUGGUCAUGAGCUCCAUUUUUAUAAUCAUACCACUUAUUCUCAUUCUUAGCUCCUAUGGUGCCAUUGCCCGGGCUGUGCUGAGAAUGCAGUCAACAACUGGAUUUCAGAAAGUCUUUGGGACAUGUGGAGCCCAUCUUAUGGUUGUAUCCCUCUUUUUUAUUCCAGUUAUGUGCAUAUAUCUCCAGCCAUCAACUGGGACAUCUCAAGAUCAAAGCAAGUUCAUUGCCCUCUUUUAUACUGUUGUCACACCUAGCCUUAACCCACUAAUCUAUACCCUCAGGAACAAAGAUGUAAGAGGGGCAGUAAAGAGACUAAUGAGGUGGGAUUAA